GGCAGACCAGAACAGAGAACUUAAGAUGUGGUGCACUGUGUCUUGGAUCUGUCUGCAAACUGUCUGCUUUUCUCCUGACAUCUUCAUCUCCAUGAGUAUUCUUCCCAGCCUGAAAGUCUGCCUGGACCUCUCUGCUGAAUAUCUGAUACUGAGUGAUGUGCAGAGAAAAGUUUUGUAUGUGAUGGAGCUGAUACAGAACCAAGAGGAGGGCAAAGCUUACUUCAGCUCCAUCUCAGAGUUCCUCUUUACCCACCCAGUUCUAAGCUUUGGCAUCCAGGCAGUGAGCCCCUGGUGGUUAAGGCACGCUGAAGUGCUCCCACCAGAAGAGGAAAGUGACAACCCGAAUGUUGUCUUGUGA